AUGGGGAGCCCGGCGGGCGCUCCCGCCAAGCGCGUGCGGUACGAGGGGCCGCGCGGCCCCGGCAGUGACCGCAGCGACCCGCGGCUGUGGGACACGGAGCGGCUCUGCCAGCACCUCUCCCUCUGCGGCGUGGGCGAUCCCAGCCUGCUGCGCCGCUUCCGAGAGAGCGGGGUCACCGGGAGGAUGCUGCUGGACCUGCCGGCCUGCGCUCCCGAGCUCAUCCGCGUCUGCUGUCCAGCUGAGCGACUGGAAGUGAUGGCGUGCCUGACACAGCUGCAACAGCAGCACAUGGAGUUGACGAAGGUUUUUAACGAUCCUAUUCAUGGGCACAUUGAAUUGCAUCCCCUGCUUGUUCGGAUCAUCGACACCCCUCAAUUCCAGCGCCUCCGGUACAUCAAGCAGCUGGGCGGAACAUACUUUGUUUUUCCGGGAGCGUCUCACAACCGCUUUGAACAUUCCCUAGGGGUUGGCUACCUUGCAGGAUGUCUGGUUCGUACACUGAAGGAGAGACAGCCAGAACUGAAUAUAACCCAGAGAGACAUUCUCUGUGUAGAAAUUGCUGGGCUUUGUCAUGAUUUGGGUCAUGGGCCAUUUUCACACAUGUUUGAUGGAAGAUUUAUUCCACUCACUCGUCCAGAUUUAAAGUGGAAGCAUGAAACUGCUUCUGUUCAAAUGUUUGAGCAUUUGAUCACUUCCAAUAAACUUGAAGAAGUCAUGGAGUCUUAUGGUCUUGUUCUGGAGGAAGAUAUGUUCUUCAUCAAGGAACAAAUAGGAGGGCCUAUAGAUGAAGCUGCCUGUGUGAAAUCGUGGCCCUACCGUGGUCGACCAAAGGAGAAAAGCUUCCUCUAUGAGAUUGUAGCUAAUAAAAAGAAUGGCAUUGAUGUUGACAAGUGGGAUUAUUUUGCAAGGGAUUGCCAUCAUCUGGGAAUCCCGAAUAAUUUUGACCAUAAGCGAUUGCUUAUCUUCACUCGGGUCUGUGAAGUGGAAAACCAGAAGCACAUCUGCACCCGUGACAAGGAAGUUGGAAAUUUGUAUGAGAUGUUCCACACCCGGAACUGCCUGCACCGGAGAGCAUACCAGCAUAAGACUGGCAACAUCAUUGAAAUAAUGAUAACAGAAGCCUUUCAAAAAGCAGACAAAUCUUUUGAAAUAAGAGGCUCUGGAGGAAAAGUGUAUCGGAUUUCUACAGCAAUGGAAGACAUGGAAGCCUACACUAAACUAACUGACUGUAUCUACUUGGAAAUUUUGCACUCAAGUGAUCCAGAACUGGAGGAGGCACGAGAAAUUUUACGUAAAAUAGAACGACGUGAAUUAUACAAGUUUUUAGGAGAGACUCGACCUGAAUCAAAGAAGGAAAUUGCAAAGAACGAUAGCCUGGCAGAAAGCAUUGCUAAUUCCAAGCCAGAGAAGGACCCUCCAGAUGUGGAGCUAAAGGCUGAGAAUUUCAUAGUUGAUGUUAUCAGCAUGGAUUAUGGAAUGAAGGAACAGAAUCCAAUUGAUAAGGUUCAUUUCUAUUGCAAGGCUGAUCCUUCCAAGGCAGUCAAAAUUAGUAAAGAACAGGUUUCAAAGCUUUUACCCAUAAUAUUUAUGGAGCAGGUUGUCCGGGUUUAUUACAAAAGUCAAGAACCACAUAUUAUUUCAGCUGCAAAACAGUACUUUGUUCAGUGGUGUAUGAAGAAUGAUUUCACCAAACCACAGGAUGGUGAUGUUGUUGCUCCUCAUCUAACUCCAAUGAAGGAAACCUGGAAUAAGAUGACAGAUGAUGAGCACAGGAGAGCCUCAGAACCCAGCUGCAAACAAAGGCUUCAUUUUGAUGAGUAACAGGUUUCUUUUUGGCACUGUUCAAAGCUGCUUCCUCAGAAGAUGAGUAAAUUUGAGCAUCAACUCUUCUAAAAGCUGGUUGGACAGGCUGGAAGAAUUCACAGAGCAAUGCAGAAUGCAUUUUACAAUACAGAAUGUUUUAAUGUAGAUACUUAAAGUGCAUAUUCCAGAUGAACUUCUAAAAAACAACUUAUUGCAACAGAGUAAACUCAGUUCUCAUAUAUUUUUGAAUGUAUUGGCACUGUGUAGCAAGAGUAACUUUAAAAUUUACAAUUCAUUGUUAUUACAA